AUGGAAAGGCAAAGCCCACGAGGCUUGCUUCAUGAUCCAAUCAUGGCCACACCUUGUGAGCCCAUGCCAGAUGGUUUAGUUGAGUCCUGCUCCUGCAUGCCCUCUUCCGACUACACAUGCGCUCAACUCAACUACCGACCCUCCCCUCCUUUGGAACCCACAACUUUCUUUCUGGCUUUUCAGAAAAAAGACAACUCAACUUCUAAGGAAGUCAUUAACCAUGAAACCGAAGAAAGUGAGAGAAGAGAAUAUAUAUAUGGCAAUGCCUUGCUAAAGGAAAUGUUCAUACGGCAUUCUAAAUCAUCUCAUAAAAAGCAACUUAACGUGGACAUCACAUAA